AUGGUACCAGGCGUAGUAGCAAACGGAGUAAGCCCGGACGCGGGAAUGGAGACGGGGACGGGAAUGGAAAAAGAGUACGACUACAUGUUGAAUGAGCAUAGAAUGUUGUGGCACAAGGGAGAUGAAGGAUACAGCAGAUUGUGGUGGAAGAUGGUAGAAGGAUCUAACGGACUACAUCUACACGGAAUGGAACCCCAAUUUGACCCCAAGAAGAAAAUAACGUUAUUGGCAGAUCCCAUGGCACCCGAUCACAACACGAACAGGUUCAACAGUGGUGAGACACAGACCUCUCGGCAACCCGUUGGACCCUCUACAGUAGAAGACGAAUCCGGUUCAGGCGCUGGGGAAGACCGGGUCCCAGAUGCCGAUGGAGUGAUCUUCAUUCAUUCUAUGUCUGUUCACUCUCCCAAUCUCAUAGCAGCUGUCACCCCACAUUUUCAUAUCAAUGAUGACCGUUUUUACCUUGAUGUAUCAGUCAGUAUAGACUCUACAGAGAAUACCCAUUGGACAGGUUACGACAAAUUUCUGCAAGAGUCAGCAAAUGUUCUGACUGCUUCCCUUUGGAGAGUGCCAUGGAGCAGCGCGACCGCCGCUCAUAUUAUAGACAGGAGCUUUUCCGCUGCUGUGUCAAACAUCAUUGAAAACGUGCAAGUCACCACAACCAUACAGCAUCAUGAACCUACCGCUACUCCAGCGGCAGCCUCUUCCCCUACACUCCACCAGAAAUGGGCCAAUCAGGGUCCCUCAGAUCAUGGGGAACCUGCCAUACAGUCCAAAGAGCUCAUCAAGUCAAGGGGCCCAGGAUCUACUGAAACAGUCCCGGUUCGAAUCACUUCCACCGCUGUCACUUCCACCGCUGUCACUUCCACCGCUGUCACUUCCACCGCUGUCACUUGCACCUGUUGGGAAAUCCAAGAAUCUGAUCCGAAAUUGCAUUAUCUGUCACACGGAGCUUCAUAUGUUGCAGGUUGGGUCGAGUUUGAUGGACUCCGUGGAAAUCGAGGUGUCUCUGGUGCUGUGAUGAAUCAUGUCUCCUCUGCAAUCAAUGUAGCCAAAGGAAGAUACUGA